AUGCACUCGGAGCCGCAUCUUUCAGCUGGAGAUUUUGAAACCCGGUCGAGCAUGACCCUAAUCCUUUACACUCCUCCCGGUGCGUCCAUCAAAAGGCAACGGCUUCCACAGCGCCUGGCGCCCAAAGUGAUACAGGCAGUCCAUCCAGGUCGGCCAGUAGUGGCCACCCCACGGCUGGAUGCGGCUGACGUAGCGGAUGCGGUUCGCGUUCAUGGCGACCUCGAGGGACCGGUCCAUGUCAAAGGUAAAGUCGUAGAGGCCGUACGAGUUGAAGACGCCCUUGCGCCUAAACUCUGCCGCGCGGGGAGCCAGGUGCGACGCAUUCACCAUGCCCUGCGCGCCCGAGAAGAUGCCAAAGUAGUCAAAGUAGUCGGUGGCGUUGAUGUACAUCUCGUACGUGAGGCGGCCGCCGAGGCUAAGGCCCGCAAAGGCGCGGCGCGAGGGUGA